AUGAGAGAAAACUUUGCUAAACCUGGAAAUGCGCUAAAACGCGCCAAAGAAUUUAUCGAAGUUGGAAAAAAAGAACAAGCACUAGCUUGCUUAAACGAUGUCAUCAAUAGUAAAAAGCAUCGUACUUGGACGAAAGUUCACCAAGAAAUCAUUUUUAUGCAUAUCCAGCUAUGUGUAGAAACGCGUAAUAAUAACCAAUGCAAAGAAGGAUUGCAUCAGUACAAAAAAAUCUGUCAGCAAGUUAACAUUAAUUCAUUGGAUGCUUCUAUACGCCAUUACCUAGCGUUAGCCGAAGACAAAGCUAAUCAGGCGCGUCAAGAAUCUCGUGACAUUGUUUCUGCGCUUGAAUGCGAAGAUUUGGAGCAAGAUGUCCAAACGUACGAAGGGUUGCUAUUGAGUACAGUAACAGAUGACAGCACACAAGAAAGGACUGAUCGUGUUACGCUGUUGCCCUGGGUAAAAUUCCUAUGGGAAGCCUAUCGCACCGUCCUUGAUAUGCUUCGUAACAACGCAAAAGUAGAGACAUUGUACCAGGAAACUGCACAAAGAGCAUUCAAAUUUUGCGUCGAAUAUGGAAGGCGAAACGAAUUUCGUAGGUUAUGUGACAAUUUGCGUAAUCAUAUGAAUCAAGUAAUAAAACAACAAGGAAGUCAAUAUGGAAUCAACCUAAAUGUUGAGCAAUCAAUGCAAAUGCACAUCGAGACGAGAUUGAUUCAGGUGGAUUGCGCAAUUAAAAUGGAACUCUGGCAGGAGGCAUUCAAAGCAGUCGAGGAUAUUCAUGGCUUGACCACUAUGUCCAGAAAACCGCCUAAGCCGCAACUAAUGGCUAAUUUCUAUCAGACGCUUGCAUUAGUUCUGUGGAAAGCUGGAAAUUACCUUUUCCAUGCUUGUGCUCAUCACCGCCUAUAUAUCCUUUCUAGAGAGCAAAAGAAAACUUUAACGUCAGAGGAAAACGAAAGACUUGCAACGAACGUCCUGCUUUCAACCUUAGCAAUUCCGCUGACCACACAACGUAACCUGACUGAAAGACCAUAUGAAGCAGAUGACGAGAAAUCAAGAAGAUUGGCUACUAUUUUAGGCUGUAUUAAUGUACCCACCCGAUCUAGCUUAUUGAAGGAUUUGAAUAAGUUAAACGUAUUGCAAGUCGUUUCUGUUGAACUUCAAAAUCUAUACCGUUAUAUGGAAUUAGACUUUCAACCUCUAUGUCUCUGUGGAGAAAUAUCGAAAUUAUUUAAAAUUUUGAAAUCAGAAAAUGACCUUGAAUUAGACCGUUAUAUACCGCAGCUUGAGAUCAUAGCAAUAAUGAAGCAAAUGAAGCAGAUUUCUCAAGUUUACCAGACAGUCCGUUUUUCUCGGCUGGUUAAUUUAAUUCCGUUUGCCGAUCAGCACCGUUUAGAGAAGAUAAUCGUUGAAGCGGCAAGGCAUGAUCUAGAGGUUAAGAUCGAUCAUUCAACAAAGUCAUACAUCUUCGGAUCGAACGUCAGUUUUUAUUCAUCGGAAAAAGAUGAUAUUUUAUCUGGUCCAGUUAUUCAGUCAAUGCCGUCUGAUGUAAUCCGUAGUCAGCUGUUGAUAAUUUAUGGAGCGUUACGGAAAGCUUCAUUUAUGAUAACACCGGAGCGAAAGGAAAAAGAAAAUGCUAGGCUCGAGCAGUUAGUUCAGAAGUACAAGCGUAAUAGAAUAAAGCAACAUGCUUCUAUCUUAAAGCGUAAAGACAAUAUCGAGAGGCGUAAGGAGGCGAUCGAAAAGUUGCAUGAGCAAAGGGUAAGGGGUUUGGUAAAUGUUAAAUCUUUGUAG